ACCGCCCCCAAAGAUGGCGUCUUCCAUGAAAUCCUAGAGUUGAGUGUCCUCCACCGAAGCUAAUUAUAAAAAAAGAUUAAAAGGGUGUUUAUUUGUACACAUACAGGUUACACCGCGGCACGGAUCAUACAAACCGACACGUAACUCGUAUUGUGGAAGCUUCAAGGGAGCCUUGUGUGUUUUGAAAAACGUCUUCUCACUAUAAUAAGAUUCAUCACUCUGUCCUUCUGCAAAGAUGCUGCUGAGACAACUAAACCGAUGGAGUGCCCCAGUUCAGAAGUUCAUUCCUGCCAACUUAGUGUCAACCCGGGAAUGGGGCAGUGCUGUACCUUCUAGUGAGGAAAGUCCCACUAGAGAUGUAUUCCGUACCAGUGAAAACAACCCAGAAAACCACACAGAUCAGCACGAAGGCCAGCACUAUACUAUUUCUGCCCCAGAAGUUAAGACUAUCUUCCCACAAGGCCUUCCACGUCGUUUCCAAAUGCAGAGUAAAACCUUCAAUGAAACCAGUCUGAUGAUCCGUAAACCAGGUCUGGAGCUGAUUGGCUACCUGAAAAACACCAACUUUUCUUUACCACCUGUCCGGUAUGUGCUCUAUGGAAGGAAAGGAACAGGGAAAAGUAUAACACUGUGCCAUGUGCUACAUUAUUGUCACUUACAAGACUGGCUGCUACUUCAGAUUCCAGAUGCCCACAUCCUAGUAAAGAAUAGCAAGGAACUUAUGCCAUCUUCCUAUAACAAAGAUCGAUAUGAUCAACCGCUGGAAGCGUCAACGUGGCUUAAGAAUUUCAAAGCAUCCAAUGAACGUUUCCUCAAACAGAUUCAGACACAACAGAGAUAUGUAUGGAGCAAACGAGAGAUUACAGAAGAAGGGAGACCACUGGGAGAAGUAGUAGACCAGGGAUUGACUCGUGUUAAGAGUUCUAGUGAUGCCAUGGGUGUUGUUCUGAAGGAGUUGAAGAGGCAAAGUGGGGGAGGAACCUUCCGUCUGCUGGUAUCUGUAGAUGGAGUAAAUGCGUUAUGGGGGAAGACCACGCUGAAGAAAGAAGACAAAAGCCCAGUGUCUCCAGAUGAGCUGACUCUGGUUCAUAAUCUGAAAAAAAUGCUAAAGAAUGAUUGGUUUGGAGGUGCCAUCAUAUUGACUGUGACACAGACAGGAGCUCUUUUCCAGCCAUUAUCUACAUAUCUUCCUCAUGAGUUGCUUGGGAAGGAAGGAUUUGAAGCUUUGGACCCCUUUGUGCCUAUCCUUGUGAAUAACUACACAGAAAAAGAGUUUGAGAGCUGUUACCACUAUUACCGAGAGAGAAAAUGGAUCCAGCAUGAAAAAGCUCUUACAGAGGAAGGGAAGAUGGAGCUACUUUUCCUCAGCAAUUCAAACCCUAAGGAAUUUGAGAAGCUAUGUGCCUUCCUUUGAUUUGUUUUAGAUUCGCUCACUCUUCAAAUUCACAUUGACUGAGAAUAUGGUCAUAUCCAGGAAUGUAUUCAGCAACUUCUGCUAUGAUUCUUGUAGAUAAACACCCAAACAAGGAUUGAUGGGUUAUCCAGAGUCCCUGAUUGCUCUGUACAACUUUAAUGAAAUGUAUAUAAAGGCAACAGUUUGCUGUCACCCUGAUUAUAAUACGUCAUGGUGUGUAUUGGAUUGCCCCUAUCCCAAGUCACUAAGACCGGUGUGCAGAGAUGUUUAUUGAAUUCAGUAAAAUGACCAGUGAGUGACUGAUGCAAAUGAUUAUAUAUAUAUAUAUAUAUAUAUAUAUAUAUAUAUAUUUAUAUAUAUAUACACACACAAUUUAUGAUUUUUCUUUUUCCUUUAUAUAUUUUUUGUAUUAAAUAUUAUUUGACAAAUAGUUGUUAUUUUUAAGUUUGCAUGUUGGUAGUAUGGUAUCAAUGAGGUGACACUGGGAAGAGGUAACAUGCUAAACAAUGUAGGGACACUAAAGCUGUGUGGAGAUGCAGCUAUUCAGUAAAGUGACGUAGGGUUAGAUGCAUUAUAUAAAUACACUGGGUAGGCACAUUAUAUUAAUAUAGUAUUCAAAAACGAAAAAACGGAGCUCAGGAAAAAUAUAUAUAUAUUUGAAUCAGCAUUUAUUACAUAAAAGCAGCAUAUAGAUAAAAUACUUGCAAGUACAGACUGGGUGGCAUUAUAUUAGUACUGUUACACUGAACAGGGACUAUUAUUAAGUCAGUGGAAGCAACAUAAUAAAGGAUUAGUAUAAUAUAUAUGAA